AUGGAGCCGCAGCCCGGCGGCGCCCGGAGCUGCCGGCGCGGUGCCCCCGGCGGUGCCUGCGAGCUGGGCCCAGCGGCCGAGACGGCGCCCAUGAGCCUGGCCAUCCACAGCACGACGGGCACCCGCUACGAGCUGUCGGUGCCCCCCGACGAGACGGUGGAGGGGCUGCGCAAGAGGCUGUCUCAACGCCUCAAAGUGCCCAAGGAGCGCCUGGCGCUGCUCCACAAAGACACCCGGCUCAGUUCGGGGAAGCUGCAGGAGUUCGGCGUGGGGGAUGGCAGCAAGCUGACGCUCGUGCCCACCGUGGAGGCGGGCCUCAUGUCUCAGGCCUCCAGGCCAGAACAGUCUGUGAUGCAGGCCCUCGAGAGCUUGACUGAGACCCAGGUCAGUGACUUCUUGUCGGGCCGCUCGCCGCUGACCCUGGCGCUGCGCGUGGGUGACCAUAUGAUGUUCGUCCAGCUGCAGCUCGCAGCCCAGCACGCCCCACUGCAGCACCGCCACGUGCUGGCUGCCGCCGCCGCUGCCACCCGUGGAGACCCCAGCGUGACGACCACCCCUGUGUCCUCUCCCUGCCGGCCAGUGUCCAGUGCCACCCGCGUCCCCCCAGUGCCCACCGGCCCUGCGCCCACGUCCUCCCCUGUCACGGCCGGCUCCUUCCGCUCCCACUCGGCCUCUGCCACCUGCCCCGAGCAGAUGGACUGCUCCCCCCCCGCCAGCGCCGGUGCCAGCCCCACGUCCCCCACCGGGGGCAGCCCCACGUCCCGCUCCCGCAAACCUGGCGCAGUCAUCGAGAGCUUCGUGAACCACGCCCCGGGGGUCUUCUCAGGGACCUUCUCUGGUACGCUGCACCCCAACUGCCAGGACAGCAGCGGGCGGCCGAGGCGGGACAUCGGCACCAUCCUGCAGAUCCUCAAUGACCUCCUGAGUGCCACGCGGCACUACCAGGGCAUGCCCCCAUCGCUGACCCAGCUGCGGUGCCACGCCCAGUGUGCCCCAGACCUCGCCCCCAAAACUACCUCCUGCGAGAAGCUGGCGGCCGCAGCCCCGGCCUCCCUGAGCCAGGCCCGCCUGUGCAAGCCCCCGGGGGACCGGCUGCGGCAGACAGAAAACCGAGCCACCCGCUGUAAGGUGGAGCGCCUGCAGCUGCUGCUCCAGCAGAAACGGCUCCGCAGAAAGGCCCGGCGCGACGCCCGGGGCCCCUACCACUGGCCGCCCAGCCGCAAGGCCGGCCGCAGCGACAGUACCGGCGGCGGGGGAGGCGGCAGCCCCAGUGAGGCAGCUGGCUUGGGCCUCGACUUCGAGGACGCCGUCUGGAAGCCAGAAGUGAACCCCGACAUCAAGUCAGAGUUCGUGGUGGCCUAG